CCGGGCUGUUGCUACACCGGGACCACUUAUCAACCUAGAGCUCGAUCCACAGUACGCCUACGCCCUUAGUAUAAAUUAGGAAGGUGGUGCGCUCUGCAGCCAUCACCACCAAUCUCCUUCAUUGGUCCUCGUGAUCUCCGCCGUCUCUGUCCUGUGGGCUGUUUGAUUGGGUCACGAAAACCCUAAAGCCCGCAGAAACCCGGAGCCGAGUUUUUCUCCCAUCUGACCGUGACCGACUCCUCCGCUCCGGUCAAUCAGUUUUUAAAAGAUGUCGAGUGCCAUCCUUUCCUCCCCUUCUGUCUUCAAAGUCACUCCACAGAACCGACUCACCAGCGCAAUCAUCAAGGUGCCUUCUUCUCUUGGAUCCUUAAAGAGCAUUUCCAAACCGCUCGGACUCAAGUCCUCACAGCGCUUCAGAGCAUCGAUGGCGGUGUACAAGAUCAAGCUCAUUGGGCCUGAUGGGGAGGAGAAAGAGUUUGACGCCCCUGAUGACACAUACAUCCUUGAGUCGGCUGAGAAUGCUGGGAUUGAGCUGCCUUACUCCUGCAGGGCGGGGGCAUGCUCCACCUGCGCAGGGAAGUUGGCCUCAGGCUCGGUGGACCAGUCCGAUGGGUCCUUCCUUGAUGAGAAUCAGAUGAGCGCAGGCUACUUGCUGACCUGUAUCUCUUACCCGACCGAGGACUGCGUGAUCCACACCCACAAGGAAACCGAUCUCUACUAAUUCUUUCGUGGUCUCAUUAGAUGAGCGCUUGUAGUCCAGUUUCGAACGUUGAAUCAGUGUCUUGAGUCGUUCUUGCGUAGUGCGCAUCUUCUGAAUGCUUUGCUGCUAGUGCUGCUUGUAGGAGAUCAUCUCGGUUUAAGUGGACAAAUUCUAUUGCAUUCAGAAGUGAAUGACGGAGCAAAGAAAUAAAAUGUUUGCGUACGAUGCUGUCUGAAUGCUUUAAUCAGUGAUUGAGAUUAUGUUUCUCCCUUUUGGUA